CUUAAGGUAUGCCCAGGAAGAGAAGGCCCAAUAUUUUUUGGGGAUGAUCACAGAGGGCAUGUUUUAAGUCACACGUUCUUCCUUAAAGAUAGCCAAGCUCGAGGAUUUCAGAGCUGGUAUAGUAUAAUUAUUGUCAUGAGAGAUAAGAUCUUCCUUCUAAAUUCAUGGGAAUUUUUAGUGAAAAAUUUCCAAAAAAUAAUUACAGAGCUUCAAGAAAAAGCUAAUAAAGUUUAUGCUGCAGAGCAGUCUGAGAACAAUUUGCGGGCUGUGAGACUUAACAGCGUGACAAGAAUGACAAUUGACACCUUCCGUAGAAGAAGAGGAAAUAUAAAAGCAAGGUCUCUCAUUGAUCUUACAAAUGAUAAGGAAAUAUUUACAUAUCUUCACUUAUGGUUUACUUGGAUUUUAAAAGCUGGUGCUAUGCGAAUAACAGAAAGACUGGUGGAAAGUUUUCCAAAUGAAGAUACUUUUAUUGAUUUGGAAAGACAAGAAGAAACGGAGGAAGGCUUUAUAAAAAUUCAUCUGACUCCAUCAGGAGAUGAAAUCAUACCAGCUAUAAAUGAUUCAUGCUAUAAAUCUGAUAACAGUCUGACUUCAGGAGAGGAAGAUAGUUUUGAUGGUGCAAUAGCAUUUUCCUCUAUCAGGGAACUUUAUCAGGUUCUGGGUAAAGAUAAAUUCCAUUGCCUAGCUUUUCACACCAUUGUUGGAAACCAGAUAAUCAUAAAAUCGAAGUAUUUACCUGUAAUAAAGUCAGUGAUUACUUGUCUAAAGGAUUUAUUGCCACGUGGUUGCUACUAUCCUAUCUACUAUUCAGUUUCUUAUCAAGAUUCAUGGAAGUGUAACUUUUUGGGUUUAUUGCCUGAUGUUCAGAUUCCUGAUCAUGUUAAUUCAUCUGAGUUACAUAUCCAGAUCAAUAUAACAAGCAAAAAUGAUGAUGCAGUUGUUAAUAGCUUAGAUGAUUUUGAAAUAGUUUUCCAUUCAACUGCAACUUUACCUGAUAAAGUUCCUGUAAUUCUCAAUGAAAUGGAAAGAGCAAUAGCAGAUCCAUCAUUUUCAAAUGCUGCAUUGGAUAGCUUUUUAUUCAGCAUAAAAGAAAUAUGGAUGAACAAAGUAAAAGUUUUAUUUGCAUAUUCACGAGGUGGACAACACAGCCCAGAGGAAACUAAUAAAUUAUUAACAGUUCUUGGAGCUCAGGAACAUGAUAAACAGGUAUUAAAAUUUUGGAUGACUGGUCUAAGUACACAAUACAAAACUAGGAUUUUAUCUUCAUCUGUACAGCAAGGAGUGCAGGCAAUUACUAAAAGCUACUAAACUGUUAUAUCAUAAUCCAGCCAUUACAAAAAUAUCAAUUUUCCUAUCAGGAAAGAUUAUUUUGUUAUUCUAUAUCAAUUUUUGAUUUAAAUUAUGAUUAAAAUAUGCUCUAAUAAAAGGCAAAAUGUGAGCAGGUUAUAAGUUUCUCAGAAGACUUUAUGGUAAUACUACUAUAUAUAUUAUAAAAAAAAAGAGUGAUUGAUGUGCUUUAAUGUCUUAAUAUUGAUUCUAUGUACAUCUUCUUGAUGACCACUUCUGACUACCAUGAAGCCUGGGUUUUUCUUUAAGAGUAAAAGGACAAACAUUAUCUCUACAAACCUAUUUGGAGGUUUAUGGUCGUCUAAGUUCCCUUAGAUGAGACUAUGAACAUCCAGAUGGGUUUGUGGUGUUCAUUUUAAGAAAACUUAAUUGGAUUUCUGUUUUUAGAGUAUAAGGUAUUUUCUCCCCCCUGUCCACAUUUCUUUGUGGUGUAAUUGAAAGCAUACUCGAUAUGUCCUGGUGUGGUCAUUGCACAUUUUUCCCAUCUCCUGUCUCAAAAAACUAAUGACUCUACAAGGGCUUCUAAAAAAGUAAAGAACAUUUCAUGAAAAAUUACAACACUGUUAGUGGAAAGGUUCUGUAAAUUCCUAUUACUGAUUGGAACUUUAUAUUUUGAAAAUAAAUUAAACCAAUACAAAAAGUACCAAUCCCUUUUCUUAUCGCAAAAAUAAUGCACUGAUUUAUUUUGAUUGAAUUGGAUUAUUUGAUUUAGACAAAGUGCAAAAAGUCUUGUCUAACCAAGUCCAAAUUUCCUUCAGGCUAGUUUUGAUUGAGUUCCCAACUUCAUAGUCCAGUGGGAGAUUAUUUCUUGUGCAAGAAUUUUACCAGCUACCCUAGCUCUGUAGCUUUUCCAGUUGGUGGUCGACAUAUUAGAUCAUUCUAGAUACAGGACAUUUGGAUUUCAGGUUUUGUACUGCAUAAUUUUCUAGAUUGGUUUGUUUCUUUAUAUAAUCAUUCAUUUCAUAUAAUAAAUAUUCAUUUAAAUUACUUGAAAUAUCUUAAUUUACUUGAAAUUAACAGCUAAAUUAGCUUUUACAUUUAUUAAACCAUUUUACCUAAAGUACUGAGAGUAUUCAGUACAUUCAAUACCUUUUCUGCUGUAAUUUUAUAAUUGGAAACUUAUAUCUAGGAUCAGUAUUUAAGGAAGUAGAGCACAUGACCACUGUUUUCGGGUACUUAUAAAUUUUAUAGAUAUUAUUUAUUUUUAAACAAAAAUAUAAUAUAUAGAAAUGUAAACAGUGUGUAUCAUUUGUAAUAUAUGUUUACUUUUGUAAAUAAUUUAAUAAAAUGAAGUAUAUAUAUUUCUUGAAA